AUGCUCCGCCAGAUCAUCGGUCAGGCCAAGAGGCACCCUAGCUUGAUCCCCCUCUUUAUAUUUAUUGGAGCAGGAGGGACUGGAGCAGCACUGUAUGUCACACGCCUGGCAUUGUUCAAUCCCGAUGUCAGUUGGGACAGAAAGAAUAACCCAGAACCCUGGAACAAACUAGGUCCUAAUGAUCAGUACAAGUUCUACUCUGUGAACGUAGAUUACAGCAAACUGAAGAAAGAAGGUCCAGACUUCUAA